UGCUCUAGAAAUUUGAACAAGUUUAAAUUUGUGAGAUUUAACGAUUUAAUGAACCGUCUCGUUAUCAUUUGCUAAUCGUAUUUCGUUAUUUUAUCGACAUGACCGACAUCGAUAACAAGUUAAUUCACUAUGAAAAAGGUAUGGACACUCGUAAGUCAGCGGAAAAGAUGGAUGAAGAACGUCAAAAUAUCCUCGCAUAUGAAUACCUUUGCCACUUAGAAGAAGCUAAAAAAUGGCUGGAAGCUUGUUUGAGGGAAACACUUCCACCCACCACCGAACUAGAAGAAAAUUUAAGAAAUGGUGUAUACUUGGCGAAACUUGCUCAUUUUAUGGCUCCUGAGACUCUACCGUUCAAUAAAAUCUAUGACCCUGAACAGAAACGUUAUGGAGUAGCUGGUUUACAAUUUCGACAUACUGAUAAUAUCAACUAUUUUUUAAAGUCUUUGAAAUCCAUGCAAUUGCCAUUGACUUUCCAACCUGAGACGACUGAUAUAUAUGAUAAGAAAAAUAUGCCAAGGGUAAUAUAUUGUAUUCAUGCACUAAGCACACAUUUAUUUAAACUGGGAAAGGCUCCACAAAUACAGGACCUAUAUGGGAAAGUGAAUUUUACAGAGGAAGAGAUAAAUGCAGUCAGUAGAGAGCUAAAAAAAUAUGGAAUACAGAUGCCAUCUUUUCAAAAAAUUGGGGGCCUUUUAGCAAGUAGCAUGGAAAUUGAUACCGCCACUCUUCAUGCUGCAGUUAUAGCAAUCAAUCAAGCAAUAACAGAAAAGGAUUAUGACAAAAUACUAAAUACACUCCAGAAUAAGGUAGUACAGUUGAACAAUGUUAAAUCUGACUACAUCAAAAUAUAUGCUGACACUUUACGGGAAGCUAAAGAAUCUAAGACACAAACUGCUCUUAACAGAUCCCUCAACGAUAGUUAUGUACAAGAUGUAUAUGAUGAACUUCUAACUCAAGCAGAAAUUCAAGGACAUAUUAAUUUCAUCAAUGUUCAAUGCGCAGUAAAGGACAUAGCACGUUCUGUCCACAAUAAAAGUAAUGAAUUUUUCAAUGCCUUAGAAACACCUGUCUUAAGUUUAAAAAAUGUAUUGCAUGAGAAUACAGAAUUGUAUAAAGAACAGUUAAUGCAAUUACUGGAAAGUUCUGAAUGGAAUAAUAUAUAUUCAGAAAAUCAACAUCAUUGGAAAGAACUACUUCAAAAAAGAAUUGACGAAGCAAACAAACUUGCUCUGAAAAUUCGUAAACGCAACGAUGCAGUCAAACAUUUGAAUUCGAUACUAGAAAUUGGAGUGCCGACUGAUUUUAAUGAUGCUCUGAAAAAUAUUGAUCUUGGAUUAUCAGAUAGAAUCAAUGAAUUUGCAAUACCACUAUAUUACGAAGAAAUGAAAGCGGACCGUACAGAGUCUCGGAAUGACCUUUCGUACAGUGAUAUAGUAGUUAGUCUACGCGUAUUGUCGUUGAUCGCGCAGAUUAGUGAAGCUGUAGAUACUGGAAACUCGGACUUGGUUUAUCAAGCACUGUCAAAUCCAGAUUGCCAUGUCUCUGAAUUGGAUUAUGAGAAUAAGGAAAAAUAUUAUAGAGCACUGGCAGCGGUUCGAUGUCAAAAACAAAUCAAUUCCGAAGAGUGUCCUUUGCUGACGUACAUCGAUAUUCAAGAAUGUAUUGACAUUGUUAAUCAACAAUGUCAAAAUGACGACGAUGUCAUACAAGUUUUACGACAAUUAAAUGUAGCUGUUAUGGAAAAUGAUCGAAACGGAAUAUUAACUGCCUUGAAAGACACUGCUCUGAAAUUACAGAAGCCCACCUCACCUGGCGAUGCGUCUCUCUAUUUGAAAUUAUUUAAAAAAUGUCUGACAGAAAAGCAUUCCGAUGGUUCCGAGUUAUGGUUUGAAGAUGUAGAAGCAAUAACAGAAAUCGUUGCCACAGAGGCUGAAACCGUUCAGAAUGCGUGUACUUUUUUGUCGCAAGUGAAUUUAGGUUUGGAGAAAAGCGAUGCGAUAUUUACAAUCAAUUGUCUUCAAACGUUUGGCUUUAAAAUACCGGAUAAAUACAAGGCAGAAUGUUUUCGAAAUCUGUGCGACUUAAAAAGAGUCAAGGGUGAAAAUAACAAUUGUUCGCUGGUACGUUUCAUUACGCCUAAAGGCAAUGAAUCGUAUUUGGACCUACAGAAAUAUAAUUACACAUGGGACUGUCCCAAAAAUAUAUCAGAAACACAUUACAUCAAUAUGGAAGAUAUAAAGAGAAUAGUAAGAAGUACUACAAUAAGGGAACACGAUAUGUACAAGAUAAAUAAACAAAUAAUACGAUUGCAAGCACACAUUCGGGGCUACUUGAUUCGCAAACGAAUCUCUGAUAGGCUUGCUUACUUUCGCGGGAACAUGCAUAAAAUUGUCGAGAUACAAUCGUGGUGGAGAGGUUUAAUUCAGCGAAGAAAAUAUAUUCAAAUGCUAGAAGACAAACGUAAACGAGAAACAGAAAAUUGUCACAAUGCAUAUUUGAAAUUUAAAACUCGGAUUGAAGAUACAUUGGAACGUUAUAAAAAACAUGAGGAAAAGAUUAUGAGAAUACAAGCUGUAUGGCGUGGUCGUGCAGAAAGACGAGCUUUUCGUUCGCUUUUACACAUGGAUAAACCACCUUUCCCUGUUGUUCGACACUUCUCAGGGAUUCUGAAUUUUAAUGCAGAAGAUUACGAUAGAGAUUUACAAUUACAACACCUGAAGCACGAAGUAGUUAAAAGCAUUAGACAUAAUCAAGUUUUAUCACAGCAGUUAGACAGUAUGGACAUAAAAAUAGGAUUACUUAUUCAAAAUAGAAUUACGUUACAAGAUGUUAUAGCACAUGGGAAAAGUUUAGAGACUCUUGCAAAACAGAAACAUUCGAAUAGGGAGCAAAAAAGCAUACUCGUUGAUGGUACCACAUCGCAUAAGGGUCUAAAAUCGUUGACAAAAGAAGGUCGGAAAAUGUUGGAAGGAUAUCAACAUUUGUUUUACGCUUUACAAACUAAUCCUAUGUAUUUAUCGAAGUUGCUGUUUCUCUUGCCCCAAAGCAAAACGAACAAAUUUCUUCAGAAUGUAAUUCUGACAUUGUUUAACUUCGGCUCGAAUAUUAGGGAAGAAUAUUUAUUAUUGAAACUAUUUGGAAGCGCUUUGCAAGAGGAAAUUAGGUCCAAAUUUCAAAAACCGUCCGAAGUUGUGACAGGAAAUCCGCUUGUUCUAAAAAUGGUAGUAAAUUACGCACGACAAUUAAAUGGCCAAAGAGCUUUGAGGCAAAUUGUAGGUCCGAUUAUUGAGAAAAUUUUAGCUGACCGAGCGUUGAACAUUGAAACAAAUCCUGUGGAUAUAUACAAAUGCUGGAGAAAUCAGUUAGAAAUGGAAACUGGAGAAACAUUGGAUCUUCCAUAUACUGUAACACAACAACAAGCCUUAAAUUACGAACAAGUGCGGAUAAGGCUGAACAAAGGAAUACAAUUGUUGCAAAGUACUGUUUUAGAGUUCUUAACGAAAAUUACUGAAUCCAGAGAUCUGAUACCGUACGGAAUGUUGUACAUGGCGAAGAUUUUGAAUGAUUCCUUAACCGAGAAAUUUCCAAAUGCUCCGGAAAAAGAUAUAUUGAAAGUAGUCGGAAAUCUGAUUUAUUAUCACUUCAUUAACGCGGCAAUUGUAGCACCAGAUGCUUUCGAUAUAAUUACAUUACCGAUAGACCGGUCAUUAUCAAACGAUCAACGAAGAAAUUUAGCAAGUAUUGCAAAAAUAUUACAAUUUGCAGCGUCCAAAAAAGGGUUUGGAGAAGAGGCAACGCAUUUAGUCUGUUUAAAUUCAUUUAUAAUCGAGUGCCACGAGAAGUUCAAAAACUUUUUCCGCUAUUGUUGUCGUAUAGAAGAUUUGAAGGAGCACUUUUGCAUUCAUGAAUACACUGAAGCUACAUUAAUCCACAAACCCGAAAUUUAUAUUUCAUUACAAGAAAUUUGUGAUACUCACUGUCUUAUGCUAGAGUAUCAGGAUCAAAUAGCGGUGGAUCCAAUGGAUCCUUUGCAUGAUUUACUGGACGAUCUUGGUCCUGCGCCCACUCUGCAUUCUUUACUUGGCAUCUCCGAGAACACGAGCGAAGCAAAUUUGGCUCGUUUCGGGAAAACGGAAGUGUGUCUGGUACUCACCAACAAAUUCCAAGUACCGGAAGACGAAGACGCUAACUUGAACAAACUUUUCAUCAAAACCAAGGAGUUGUUAGUUUCGGUUCUCCAAUUCUUGAAAGGGCAAACCUUAGUGGAAGCAUUAGAAACUACCUGUUCGCCUGUUCAGGAAAAAUUGUACGACGUCAAAUGUUCCAGUAUGUCCCCUACACUGAACAUUAUUCAUAAAAGCUCAUCCUUAAACGACUGUAAGCAACAACUGCGCGCGUAUCUUAAUAAAUUGGAACUUGGAGGAUGGGUCAGCCAAGCAGACGGAUAUCAGAAUAUUAUCACAGCAGUAGCCAAGGAUCUUUGCAACAAAGGAAAGUAUCGUAUUAUUCGAAAUAAAGAAUUACAGAUGUUACGAAUAACUAAACAGAGGCUGGAAGAAAAGUGCAAAUAUUACCAAGAACAGGUCGAAUAUUAUAAUGAAUACAUACAGCGGUGUUUGGAGAACUUGCAUACUGGAAAAGGAUCUUUGCGCGCAUUCAAAGCGAUUCAAAAGAACAGUCAUGGAAAACUAAGGUCCAAGAUGACAUUAAAAUACUCUGCCGCAAAGUUACAGGAAAAAGGCGUGCUAUUGGAAGUCGAUGGACUUCCGCAAGCACAGUUCAAAAAUGUAAUAUUCGAGAUCAGUCCGACGGAGCAUAGUGGCCUUUUUAGUGUCCGUUGUAAAUUUAUGGGUGUGGAAAUGGAGAAAAUUGACAUCGACAUACAAAAGUUACUCGAAUUACAAUUCGAGGGAUCGCCGAUCAUGGACAUGUUUGGUAAAGCAAAGGUUAACGUGAACUUGCUGUUAUAUUUAUUGAAUCGGAAGUUUUACGGUAAAACUUGAAGGGAAAAGAAUCGAAUUGUAUUAUUUAUGGUUAUGAAAAGUCAGCGCUGCCUGUGCAAUGUUGCAUUGUGAUCACGGUUGUCUUGAACGAAACUGUACGCCAAAAAUUGAAAACUGAAACUGUUUUUACAUUAUUAGUAUGAUAAUUUUUUUAACAAACGGUCAUCUUAUGUAAAUAAUUGUACGUAUAGCAAUUUAAUGUUCUAAUACAAGUGUAGCUUGGUAUGUAUGUAAUAUUGUAAUGGACUGCUAUAGUGUAACAGUGUAAGAAGAUAUACAAUUUUAUUAAUUGCCAACGUUACGAAAUUACGUAGAGUAUAGAAUCUGGACUAUGAUGACUGAAUUGUUAGGAUUUCACGGUUGUUGUAACAUACACUUAUCAAUUAUAUGCGACGAAAUCUAUGAAACAAAAACGACUUUUAAAUACGAUCAAACAUUUCAAAAGAGAAAUAUAUUUUUCUAAUAUUUAUAAAAAUAAGUAAAUUAAUGGUAGUAAAUGUCACCUACUGACGAGACAAUGCUUCUCUCGGUUUAUAACUAAAUCUAAUUCGAGCCGUGUACCAUACUUCACUUUUUUUCGGUCAUUUCUCUUUUAUUACAUGGCAUGGCGAAUAUUUAUAUGUAAUAUAAUAUUUUAUUAGAAUCUAAACAUUUUGUAUGUUGCACCGUCGAAAAUAAGAUAAGGCAUAUUCUGAGAAAUUUUUAAUCGAGAACAAUAGGAUGUCCAUUAUUAUUUAUAGGUCUGUAAUGCUAUACAUAUAGCUUAUAUUAUUAUUUAAACAAUGGACAACCUAGUGUUCCUGUGCAUUUUAUAAAAUUUAAAAUUGAAUAUUUUGAACAUAAAUCCGAAGGUUUUAUCAUUUGCAUAUUUCUAAUACAAUAAAUUUUUUUAUUUUUGUAAAAUAUACUACAUAAAGGCCUGUUUAGUGGAUACUGGCGAAUAAGCCUGCACAUUCGAAACAAAAUCACAUUUCAUUAAAAAAUAAGUUUAAAACAAAAUUUUAAAAUGAUAGCUAAAACGGAACAAAAUGUUUGCGUUGAGAUCAAUAGAUUGUAAUAAAAAUAUUUUUAUUGUUUUUACAGAAUGUGCGACGAUAAUAAUUAAAAGUCUCUCUUUCCAAUAAAACUCGUUAGAACAUACGUGCGCGUAAGAAAUUUGAAAAUCCGUAAAACAAAAGUUUAUUUUAUAUAUAAGAUAUAAACACUACAUACAUAGAUAAACUGCCCGCAUUUAUCACACGUGCAUUGUAUUAUAAAUAUUAUUUUUUUUUACAUAUCUCGUGUUCUUGAAGUCUUGUUCUUUUUUACUCAACUUUAUUAUACAAAUCUGUCUUUACAUAAUUUACGUGACAGAUGCUAACAUCCAGGUACUGCGUCACGAGGUAUCUUGAAAGACAUUUUUAUAAUGUAUGGCGCACAAAAUGUCAGUAAUAUAAAAGUUUAUCAUG